CGCGUUGUUUCCCCUUUGGCCACAGUCUGAGCGAAACGCCACCACAGCAGCGGUGACUGAAGAGACACGACGGGAGUAAGCGGCCCUUUGGCUGAUCUCUGUGGAUUUAAGGCGAAAGAAGCACCAAUAACUAAAAUGACCAGGGGAAACCAACGUGAGCUUGCACGCCAGAAGCACGCCAAGAAGCAGAAUGAACAAGGCAAAGGGAAGAGGAACGAGGAUGGGCUGUCUGCUGCAGCUCGGAAGCAGAGGGAUGCUGAAAUAAUGCAGCAGAAACAGAAAAAAGCAGAUGAACAGCCGAAAGGAAGCACAAAGAAGUAGCUGUGUUUCCCGAGCAUCAAACUUGUCUAAAUAUUUAUCAGAAUGGAUACGUGAUCUCAGUUUCAAGAAUCCAGGAGCGUUCUCUCUUCCCCCUGGCUAAUGACAUUGCAUUUUGGAUUAGUUAUUUUACUCGCUAAAAUUGUCUGUUAGCAGUUGUCCAAAGCUGAUGCUGCAUGCACAGGGGCGUCGUUGGCAUCAACUACAUGAGAGAAAUGAAACUUGUUGUUGCAAAAUGUAUAUGUAACGUGUGUAUUUUUGUAUAAAAGCCCCCCUGUCGGUUUCAAAUAAAGUGUAUCUUUUUAGUUCAUAC